CAUGCCUGGCAUUUCCCAGAAGCCCCAGCGCCGGGAAGGAGUUUGCAGCUGCUCGGUCAUCGUGCGGCCCGACGCGAGCCCGCGCUGGUGUGCAGGCCCGUCUCUGUGCCUGGUCUCUGGUGUGAGGGUUUACGCGAGGCCCCUGCUUCGGUCCCCGGACUAGGCCGCAACCCCGGGCACCAUGAAGCAGGAGGGCUCGGCGCGGCGCCGAGGCGCCGACAAGGCAAAGCCGCCGCCGGGAGGGGAACAAGAACCGCCGCCGCCUGCCCCCCAGGAUGUGGAGAUGAAAGAGGAGGCAGCAGCUGGGAGCGGCUCCACGGGGGAGGGAGACGGCAAGGCAGCCACGACCGAGCACUCCCAGCGAGAGCUGGACACUGUCACCUUAGAAGACAUCAAAGAGCAUGUGAGACAGCUAGAGAAGGCUGUUUCUGGCAAGGAGCCACGAUUCGUGCUGAGGGCGCUGCGGAUGCUGCCGUCCACGUCACGCCGCCUCAACCACUAUGUUCUGUACAAGGCCGUGCAUGGCUUCUUCACCUCCAAUAACGCCACUCGAGACUUCUUGUUACCCUUCCUAGAAGAACCCAUGGACACAGAAGCCGAUCUGCAGUUCCGUCCUCGAACAGGAAAAGCUGCAUCAGCACCCCUCCUGCCUGAGGUGGAAGCCUAUCUCCAGCUGCUCGUGGUCAUCUUCCUGAUGAACAGCAAGCGCUACAAAGAGGCACAGAAAAUCUCUGAUGACCUGAUGCAAAAGAUCAGUACUCAGAACCGCCGAGCCCUGGACCUUGUAGCUGCCAAGUGUUACUAUUAUCACGCCCGGGUCUACGAGUUCCUGGACAAGCUGGAUGUGGUGCGCAGCUUCUUGCAUGCCCGGCUCCGGACAGCCACCCUCCGGCAUGAUGCUGACGGACAGGCUACCCUUUUGAACCUGCUGCUUCGGAAUUACCUCCAUUACAGCUUGUAUGAUCAAGCCGAGAAGCUAGUGUCCAAGUCUGUGUUCCCUGAGCAAGCUAACAACAAUGAGUGGGCCAGGUACCUCUAUUACACAGGGCGAAUCAAGGCUAUUCAGCUGGAGUACUCAGAAGCCCGGAGAACGAUGACCAAUGCCCUUCGGAAGGCUCCACAGCACACAGCCGUUGGCUUCAAACAGACGGUGCACAAGCUUCUGAUCGUGGUGGAGCUGCUGCUGGGAGAGAUCCCAGACCGCCUGCAGUUCCGUCAGCCCUCCCUAAAGCGCUCCCUCAUGCCCUACUUCCUUCUCACCCAAGCUGUUAGGACAGGAAAUCUUGCCAAGUUCAACCAAGUCCUGGAUCAGUUUGGGGAGAAGUUUCAAACAGAUGGGACCUACACCCUAAUUAUCCGACUGCGACACAAUGUGAUUAAGACAGGUGUGCGCAUGAUCAGCCUGUCCUACUCCCGGAUCUCCCUGGCCGACAUCGCCCAGAAGCUGCAGCUGGACAGCCCAGAAGAUGCAGAAUUCAUUGUCGCCAAGGCCAUCCGGGACGGCGUAAUUGAGGCCAGCAUCAAUCACGAGAAGGGAUACGUCCAAUCCAAAGAGAUGAUUGACAUCUACUCAACCCGGGAGCCCCAGCUGGCCUUUCACCAGCGCAUCUCCUUCUGCCUGGACAUCCACAACAUGUCUGUCAAGGCCAUGCGCUUUCCUCCCAAAUCCUACAACAAGGACCUGGAGUCUGCAGAGGAGCGGCGGGAGCGGGAGCAGCAGGACCUGGAAUUUGCCAAGGAGAUGGCGGAGGACGAUGAUGACAGCUUCCCCUGAGGCAGGGCCGGGGAGGGGUGGGCUGAGUGGAGACUGGCUUUUUGUCUUUUCCCUCGGGGGUCCCCUGUUCUCCGUUUCCCCACACAUGGCUCACAGACUGCAUAUGUGCAGGGGUCAGGGAUGCUGGGAGCCAACCAUCCCCUUCUUGCUACCAUGCCUCUCUGUAGCUGGUAACAAUACCCUGUGGGCAGGAGAGUGGUUGGCAGUCUCCUGGAGUCAGGAUCCUGCCUCAUGGUGGUGUUGGUGGCAGGAGGGAACGGACAGAACCAUGGAUUAGGGUGUGGACUAGGGCCUGGAGUUUGGUACACGUUGGGUUCUAUGUUUUUGAAGCUUCAAUUAUGAUUUUUAAACAAUAAAAAGUUCUCCAAA